AUGUCGUUGACUCCCACUUUUGUCUUUCUUUUUCUUCUUAUUUUUAACUUCAUUUUCUGCAUUAUAUUCUUUUUUAUUUUUGGUUUCGUUUUUUCUUCAUUCCAUUUUCUUCAUAUCGCUCUUUCUUAUAAAUCACCCAAACCAAUUUUCAUCUUUUAUCUUCUAUUUCCUUUAUUUCUUUUUAUAACUAUUUCUCUUGUUUUUGUCUUCCUUUUCUUUCUCUCUUUCUUUCUAUUUAUUGCUUUAUUCUUUCUUUUCUCCUUUUAUUUUUUUACUUUUUUUUCUGUUUUUGCCUUCAUUCUUUCUUCUCUAAUCUUUGAGUUUCGUUUUUCAUCAUUCUUGUUUUUGUUUGAUAUUCUUUCUUUUUUGUCUUCGUCUUCCAUUUAUCUUUUCUUUCCUUUUCUUCUGAUUCACUUUCUCCCUUUUCAUAGUUCUUUCAUUUUUGUUUUCUACCAUUUUCUUCGUUUAUGUUUGCAACAUCCUAACUUUCUUUCAUUUUUUUUAUCUUUCUUUUUUUUUCUUUUUUUGCUACUUGAAAUUCCUUAUUUCGUUGGAUUUCUUUUCCGUCUUAUUUCUCUCAUCUUUUCUUUCUUUCUCUUUCUUUCUAUCUUCCUUUCUUUUUUUUAUUUCUUCUCUUUCUUUUUGUCUCUUUCUUUCUUCUCUUCCUUUUUUCUUUUUUCUUUCUUUCUUUUACAUCAAUAUUUUGCCAAUCAUUUUAGUCUUUUUUCUUUAUUUCCCUCUUUUGUUUUCUUUUUAUCAUUUAUUAUUCUCUCAUUAAAGUUUUCUGACUUGUCUUUCCUUCCUUUCUCCCUUUCUUUCUUUCUUUCUUUCUUUCUUUCUUUCUUUCUUUCUUGCUUGCUUUUUCCGCCUUUUAUCUUUCUUUUUCAUUCAUGUAAUUCUUUUCAUUGUUUUCCGCUCCUCUUUGUUAGCUUCUUUCUUUCUUUUUUCGCUUUCUUUCUUAUCUUUUUCUAUUAUACAUUUUUAUUUUCAUUGUUUUCCACUUUCUUUAGUUUUUAG